CUCUAAUUUCAGGUAGUUUGACUCCUACCUGGUCAGGUGUGCCAAUUGACCUGAUUACCUGCCCCGCCCUUAUUGUUUGCACCUGUGGAGUCCCUUGUAUGUGUAUUUAUUCCCUGUUUUCUCUGUGCCAAGUGCCAGAUCGUUUUGAUUCUUGUGAUGCCUGUCAGCCAGUUGUGUUCUGUGCUACAGUGAAUUUAGGUUAGCUUUUGAGAAGUCUUUUGAGCGUUUUUGUAUUAUAUUGUAAUAUCACCACAAGUAAAUCCUUUUUUGAAUCAUCUUUUGUCUGGAGUCGUGCAUUUGGGUCCUAUCAUUUUUGUGUGUGCCCCAGUCGUAACAGACACAUUUCAUCCGAACAAGAGAUAGAGGAAGCAGAGAGACGGAGAAUCAAGAUGGAUGAGUUCAAACGGAUUAAAAUGUCUUUAUUUCUCAUUCUGCUGCUUCAGUCUACAGCAGCAGUAACUGGUCAGGAAAACUCCCUCACUGUCAGAGUUGGAGAUGAAGUCACUUUGCCUUGUGACAUUGAGGGAGAUAACCAGGAUAACUGUGACUGGAGCUUCGGUGAAGCAGAAAAUCUGGUUGUAACUAGGCAGAUUGAUGGAGAAGCUGAAUCAGACAGACUGAAUGUUACACAUAAUUGUGCUCUGGUUAUAAAGAAGGUCACAGAGGAGGAUGCUGGUUUUUACACCUGCACACAGAUCAGAUCAGGAGAAUCCUCUAAUCUUCUUCUGUUUGUUGCUACCGUGACUCAACAUCAGGAAAACGAUGAGGUGACGUUAAGCUGCUCUGUGGUGAAUCCUGAAUAUUGUUCCCACCAAGUGACUUGGCUGAAUCAGGGUUGGGAUGUGGAUACAGAUCUCAAUACAUCCGGGCAUACCUGCUCGGCCUCUUUCACAUUUCAGCCUGCUGAUGUUAGUCCCUCAUCAAGGUUGUCAUAUACUUGUGAUAUAACGAAUGUUUAUACAGGAGAACAACUUCAGCUUCCCUUCAGCCCUCAGCCCUCAGGUAAGGACACAAAACCAGCGACAACUGAACCAGCGACAACUGAACCAGCGACAACUGAACCAGCGACAACUGAACCAGCGACAACUGAACCAGCGACAACUGAAAAUCCCAAAUCAGGUUUUAUUCUGUUUCCAAGACUCUUGAGAGUCAUCCUCAUGUCUGUGGGUUUAGCAGCUCUCAUAAUGAUCGUUGUGGUGGUCAACAUAUGGACAAGAAUUAAAGAGAAGAAAACACAGAUGGAGGAAAUCACUGUGCGUUAUGAUGUAGAUGAUGGUACAGUGAACUGAGAAAACAUCAGACCUCCUGAUGGAGUUUGAGCAACACUUCUGCCUCCAUCAGACUCCACUGAUCAACAACGUCUACAUCCAUCACCGUGUUUCACAUCAGGAAGACUUUAAGAUCAUUUUGAGUUACUCAUUGUUCUGUUCUAAGUUACAUUUAUUUAGCUUGGUUUUAACUUCCUUUAGCAGGAAAGAGCAUUUCUCCUUUUUCUUUUGUUACUUCCUCAUAUGGCCUGACGAGUUCAGAGCUCAUUUAAAUAUGUACUGAUUGUUUUUGAAGAUACAGCAGCUUGAGGUCAGUAUUUUAUCUCUGUGUGCACGAGAAUCAUUUGAACCUCCUUUCAUUUAGCUGUGCUGUGUUGGGAUGUGUUUGAGGGGUCUUCACCCUUAAUGAAGUCAGUAACAGUCCUUUCUUUAUAACAUGUGAUGACCAUAUCAUCUGCAAAUAAAUACAUGUUUAUCUUAGUCUUA